GAUUCUUUUGACAUUGCUGGAGAGGGGGUGGGACGAACAAAAACUGUUACACAACGUGUUAGAGGAGUAACAAUUACAGAUUCACGCUUUACAGUUACAAUAUUCAACUAUUGUGACUUUUAGCGGAAUCAUGUAUCGGCGACCCCUGCAGUCGGCCGUAAGACAUGUAUUAAACGCUUCAGCAUCGAGCGCUGUCUUCGUAAAGGGCAUCGAGCAACAUGUGUAUCAGGUCAGGGCUUUGGUGGCAUGCCGGAUCACAGCGGGUGUCUUGAGUCAAUGCCGAUCUCUUCACAGUACAAGCAAGCUGUGUGCUGUCAAAGAGACCCCACAGGCCACAGAGGAAGAGGUGGGGGCCUUCACCAGAUUGAUUGAGGCGAUGGGCUUCACUGGGCCGCUCAAAUACAACAAAUGGAAAAUUAAGAUAGCUGCCUUGCGCAUGUACACGUGUUGCGUAGAGAGAAUCAACUACGACGAUUUUUUUGAAAAGUGCUCUCUGCCCGACACGCUCAACUCCUGGUUCCUGGUGGCGCAGCUCCAUGUUUGGAUGUGUUUGGUCCGGAUGCGACAGGAGGGCAGGGCAGGGAAGUACAUGUGCCGUUACAUCGUCCACUCCAUGUGGGAGGAUGUGGAGCAGAGGAGCAAAAUCAUGGGGAUUGAUGCCGUUCAUAGAAAAGAAAGCAUGAAGGCAAUGACCGAGACGUUCUACGCUGCUAUUUUUGGUUAUGAUGAGGGGAUUCUGUCGGACGAUUGCGUGCUGGCCGCAGCGCUCUGGAGGAACCUGUUCAACAGACAGUGUGAAGACCCCAGACAGCUUGAACUGAUGGUCGAAUAUGUCCGCAAACAGAUGCAGUUCAUUGAUGCCCUGGAGUGCGAGGACCUUCUUUUAACAGGAGAAGUUAAAUGGCGCCCCCUGGUGGAAGAAAAUGCACAGAGCAUCCUUAAAGUUGCCACCCCGACUUACAACGACGCUGGCCUCUGAAAGUCAUCUCAAAGAAACUAGAAUACUACAGCUGCCCAUCAGGACGCCAUCUGCAAAUCAGGAAGCGGCACUCACCUGAUUAGCAACACCCCCUUUAGCUCUAAAUGUGUCUCUCUUACCUUUCCAGUUUUUCCCUGUGAGUUAGUUGACUUCCCACGGCAUUACAGCAUUGGGGAAAACAUACAUACGUGCACACACAAACACACACGCGCACAUUUUUUCACAUGUGCAUUGAGAGUAUUAAGGACUCCUUUUCUAGAUCUCUAAAAUAUUCUUGUAUUUAUGUCUUCCCUUACUGCUACAAUGCUUAUAUUUAUGACAGGAUUCGCUGACCCUUUGACUGUACAGUACUUCUCAAGGUUUUGGUGUUUUUUAUUUUACUCGCAGUGUGUUCGAGGAAGAUAUUUUGAGUGUGUGCGAAUGUGUUUUUGUCAAAGUUGUCAACCAAUAAAAGCGCUUUGGAGGAAUGACCUUUUCUUACCUCACAGAAAACGCUCUUUGUGUGAUUCCU